AUGGCUCACUUCGCUUACUCGUUGCUCCCUCUUCGCCGUCCGAGGAACCUCAAACGCCAGAGAUGGAUAUCAGGAGUCGGUUUCUCUCGAGGAAUAUCCAGACAGUGCAACUGUGGCAAGCAACACUCCAGACAACUUUCCCUCUGCCUGGUUCUUCCCCGACACAGAUUCGGCUCGAGUCGAUUUAAUACACUGAUUCUGCUCUUCCUACGCCUAUUUUAUCACGCAUCUUCCUUCGAGUUGACCCAGGCCGCGGCUGACGAUGGUCUUCACGGUCCGAGCCCCUUGAAGGAACCUGCCAUCAGACCGAUCGACGCCAAUCGGAACGACGCAGCAAGAAAUAGUACCAGCUCCGACCUACCGAUCCUUCUCACGUCGUAUAAAAAAUUGUCGACCCACGACUGGUUAGCAGCCUUGCUGGGGCACCCCAACCAUUUCCAACACUGGAAAGUUUGUUCCAUCACUUGGGUAAAAGCGCUGGCCUCUCCUUUUUCUCAUGAAUUCAUCCAAUUCAUUGUCGAGGACUUUGCCAGCGGUCAACGGACACGAAUUGCUGCUGGUCGAGAAGAAAAUGGAGACUGGGUCCUGGUUGGAUGGAAUUGGGCGUCUGGAGAUACCCCGUCCGACCAUUACAAUCUCCCUCUUCCCUUGCUGACGGUGACUUUUGACGAUCCUGCGACGAGACCGGAUAUGCUGUCGCUGUCUCAAGUGCUGGCGGCGACAACGCGGCGACAACCGGAUUAUAAGUUCAGCCGGGAAAUGUGUUGGUGGUAUGCGGAGAGUGUUUUGGACGAAAUGCAUGCGAAAUAUGGGGGGACAAUCAAGGAAUGGCAGUGGUCGAGAUAUAGGUAUUCUUUUAUCGUCAAGACGAGUUUUAUUCGGCGCAAGGUCCUGACCAAGCAUGCAGAGGCGUUCAGGAAGCAAUUAGCAGAAGAAAUGAGCUACUAG